CUAAAUGAAAACAGGAGAGGAGGGGAAACAGAGAAGUCAUCUGCUUCAUCUGAACGAAGAAGCAGAAACAGAAACUCAUGGGGCUGGGAGAGGCUUCAGCGAGAGGUACAGCCAUGGACAGAGACUGUCUCAGCUGCAUCAAAUACCUAAUGUUUGUCUUCAACUUUCUCAUCUUCCUGGGAGGCUCCUUCCUYCUGGGUGUGGGUGUGUGGGUGCURGUGGACCCUACAGGCUUCAAGGAGAUCGUAGCAGCCAACCCUCUGCUCUUCACAGGAGUCUACAUCAUCCUSGCCCUGGGGGGAAUGCUUUUCCUAUUGGGCUUCCUGGGCUGCUGUGGAGCCAUCCGGGAGAACAAGUGUCUGCUGAUGUUUUUCUUCAUGCUCAUCCUGGUCAUCUUCCUGGCGGAACUAGCUGCAGCCAUCCUGGCCUUCAUAUUCCGGGAGCACCUGACCAGAGAGUACUUCACUAAGGAGCUGAAGAUGCACUACCUGGGCUACAAUAACACUGAUGUUUUCACUGGAACAUGGAACGCUAUCAUGAACACUUUUGACUGCUGUGGCGUGAACAGCCCGGUGGACUUUGAGGAGAGCCUGUUCAGACUGAUCAACCCUAAUGAGAUGGUCCCUGCGGCCUGCUGCAGGAGGGGUAGUCACCCCGGAGACUCAGCCUACAUCCCCCAGGAGGAGUGUCUGAUGGGGAACAUGCUGUUCAGAAACAACAAGGGCUGCUACUCAGCGGUGGUGGACUACUUUGAGCUGUACAUCUAUGUGGCUGGAGCGCUGGCCAUCGUGGUGCUCACCAUUGAGCUGUUUGCCAUGGUCUUUGCCAUGUGUCUCUUCAGAGGUAUCCAGUAGGAUUAGCGCACCACACGCCGGACAGGAGGACUUUUCGGAGCUAGAAAAGGGAAAUCAGGAGAAGGGAAAGAAAAAUGUACACUUGUAAAUUUAUUGUUCUCUUUUAUAUCUGCCAAAAUUGAUUGAUUGGUUGGAAAACAAACGAAACAACACUCAGAAAACAAACAACUAGUACUUCUCAGCUGGACCUUUGAGGUAUUUGGUGACAAAAAAAAAGAAAGGAUAGAAAGAGAAAAAAGACAAGAACGACAGGAAAACGACAAGAAAACGUGUGUAAAGUGAUUUGUGUGUAAAGUGAAACAGAUGUUUCAUGGACCAGGUCUAAUACGGACCGGGUGUAUAGUAGUGGAACGCGAAUAGGACCUGGGUGAAACCAGGCGUGGUAAAUAAGAGGACCCGGUUGAAGCCUGCCCUGCAGCAGAAGUAGCUUGAGACCCAGAUCUGUUUGUGCUGUCUUGCUAGCUAACUGGGACUCAGGCUAGAGCAGAAGACACUGCACUGACUUUUGGAUGAAGAAUAUUUAUACUUACUGAGUAAAAAGUUGGCUUGACUAAUAUAGAAAUAUGUGUUUUAUGUACACUUUAGCUGUUCCUUCCUAUUACCACUUCUCCCUCCCCCGAUCCCCCGCCCUUCCAUCUACUGCUACCACAAUUCCUCCCUCUUUCCCACUCCCUCCCUCCACAUACUAUUGUUAGAGCCAUACCUCUGUAAUGCUGUAAAAAGUCCCAUCUAUACUGUGUGUGUGUGUGUGUGUGUGUGUGUGUGUGUGUGUGUGUGUGUCCUUGUAUGAAUGAAUGCAUGUGUGCAUGUUGCCCCUUUUGACCAUUCAAGCUUGAAAGGCAACUUCUGUUAAAAUAUUGUAUUUGUGUUGUGAUGUUCAUUGCAAUAGUGGUUACAUGUGGCUUAGGUGAAAAUAAAUGUAUUUGUAUGCAUUUGUAUUUGAUUCUUGAAAAGACAAUGACAUUAAAAUGGCAUUCUAAAA